CUCUAAGCUGUCAGCCCAUGAACCGUGAGAUUAUGACCUGAGGCAAAGUCGGACAUUUAACCAACUUGAGCCACGCAGGCGCCCGGAAGAUGUUUCACUCUUGACAUUAAUAUUUGCGAAGAGACUACAUCUCCUUUGCUACCUGCUCUUCACAAAUGAUGCAUUUAGAGUGGGCGAAUUUUGAUGAUUGUUUUACUUAACAGUGAUAACUGAAGUACUCUCAAAAAUAUGAGUGCUUCCUAAUAACAUAUUUUAAUGGCACACUUAACGUAAAGCAUAUCAGAAAUUUCUAGCACUGCAAAAGCAUUGACCUUUGGUUUCCCUCUCUUAGGAAUCAGGAACCUUGAACAGCAGCUCAGUCAGAACCCCCACUCACCCUGCUUUGUGCGGACUACUACAGCAAAUGCAUUCUUAGGUUACACUUGACAAUUUAUGCUUAAAGAUCCUCUUAGAAGGAUUUCUCCGGUUGAGUAGAAACCCUUCUAGUCAAAGUUGGCAGAUUCUGUGAAACUCAAGAGAAGACAAUGUCUCUUCAUGCGUGGAAGUUACUGCUGACAUUACACUUUCCUGUUGGGGAAAAAAGAACAUUAAUAUAAUUUAAAGGUUGAUUUUAUUGAUGACUUGGAAUGCAAAGGAUUUUAUUUUUAAAAUUCUAAAAUUUGAAAGCAAGAUAGUUUAGAUUAAAUAAUGUAGUUUUCCAAAGCUGAAUGUGCUGAAUAGAACUCGUUUUUUUUUUUUUCUUCUUCUUCUUCUUUCUGCUUGAAAUACCGGAACAACUUGCUGAAAUCCCUUGGGUGAGAACACUGUGGUUUUGAUGAUCUGUGAUUGGAUGAAUUAAUCAGUCUCCACUGGGAAGCCAGGCUUAAUGUGAUGGAAACACUCUUGAACUUGGUGUCCAGAAGACAAAGUCUUGAGUUACAGCUCUGUUAGUUUUACUGUGACCUUGGAGCCAGAAUUCACAAUGACAACAGUAACCGUAACCACAGAGGUUCCCCCAAGGGGUAAAAUAGAAGAUAAUUCUGCCUUGUAUGAGUCCACAUCAGCUCAGAUUAUUGAAGAGACUGAAUAUGUGAAAAAGAUCCGAACUACUUUGGAAAAGAUCCGAAAUCAAAUUUUUAAAGACGAAGUAGGACGUAACAGCACAAAUCACAGACUAGAAACAAAGCGCUGCCCAAACAUUCACAGCGGCUCUGGUUCUGAAAUGGAUCCCUCGUAUUGCAGUUUGCAUCUGCUCGUGGAAAGGAUGAAAGGAAAAGACCUGAAGCUCUUAGAAAUGAACAAAGAGAAUGAAGUCUUGAAAAUCAAGCUGGAAGCUUCCAGAGAAGCAGGAGCGGCGGCUCUGAGAAACGUGGCACAGAGGUUAUUUGAAAUCUACCACACACAGUCGGAAGAAGUUAGAAAGAAACAUGAGGAUGAUAAACACUUCCUCAAGGUUAACAAACUUGAAAAGGAACAACAACUGAAACAACAUGUUGGAAAUCUGAAUCAAGUUGCUGAAAAGCUUGAAGAAAAACAUAAUCAAAUCACAGAGUUGGAGAACCUUGUACAGAGGAUGGAAAAGGAAAAGAGAACACUGCUAGAAAAAAAACUGUCUUUGGAAAACAAGCUGCUGCAACUCCAAUCCAACGCUACAUAUGCUAAAAGUUGCCACGAUCUUCAAAUGGAAAUUGCCCUCCUGCAGGAGCAGACCUCUCAUCUACAGUUUGUGAUUCAUUCCCAACAUCAGAACCUGCGCCGCGUCAUCCAGGAGAUGGAAGGAUUAAAAACUAAUUUGAAAGAACAAGAUAAAAGGAUUGAAAAUCUGAAAGAAAAAGUUAACAUACUUGAAGCCCAGAAUAAAGAACUAAAAACCAAGGUGGCACUUUGGUCUGAAACUCCUAGAACAACAGUAUCCAAGGGUGUCUCUACAAGUGAAUUGAAGACUGAAGGCACUACGCCCUAUCUGAUGUUGAUCAGGCUCCAGAAAUGAGCUGACUAGCUGAAGAUCUCAAUAAGAAAGAUCACUAUGUGGGUCUUAUUUAUUCCUUGAAACACAGACUAAAUGUGCAAGUUAAAAUGGCUCACUGGCAGUAUUCAAUGGGAUUUAUUAUACGUCAACGGCUCUGCAGGAAGAGGACACUCCAGAAAAUCAAACAAAUGUAUAUUCAAGGCAAGGAACUCUUCCUUCAAAACUUACUGAAUGGGUGAAGAGACCUGGGGCAUUUGAUGGAAGAUGAAUUUUGCUUUAAACUUCAAAGAGAAUCUGAAUAUUUUUUGCAGAUUUUUGCUGAAGUGAGUGGUUUAAGGUUGUCAACUAUAACCUUCUGAUACUGGUUUUUAUGUAUAUAAAUGGAAGAGUGUAUGUACAUGUGUGUGAAUAAAUGAUAUAUUUUAAAGUUAACUUUGAAUAACAAGAAAUAUCCUAACAUGAAUUUAUAAAUUCAUCUCCUGACCUAUCGUUAGUAAGAGAGUUAUUCUCUAUGGCAUUAUGGGCAGAAGAAGUAGGUUCUUUUUAGCUAAUUCCCCAAUCUAUGCAGCCCUCCAUUGCUAAGCAUCACGGCAUUUUACCGCACCUCUGGAAGCCAUUGUUCUUCAGCUGGGACUGAGAAUUGGUUGCGAGAGAUAACCCACAAGUAAGCAUGAAGAAAUGCAGUUUGUGACUCUGACCUGGUGCCUAAUUUUCUUUAUAAGAUUCAUUGUAUUAGCUAAGAAAAUAUUUGGGGGAAAGAAUAGGAACACAAUGCCGUCAGCUCACACCUUCACAAAAAUACGUGUAUUGUGGGUUAAGAGGAACAGUGGCUACUGUCUAUAGCUGGGAAGAUUCUCAAUCCAUCGUAUGUCCAGUGCCUUGGUGAAAGUGUGCUUGCAUUUUGAUACAGGCAUUCAUCACAGGUGAGUUUGUGCUUGCUAUGAGGAAAACCAGGCUCUAAUUUGUAGAAGUGCAAACGGGCUAACAGGAUAGAAGGCACUUGCACUAAAUGAAUAAUGGGCAGACUUAGCCCUGCUGAAGGGUGAAUUACUUGUAAGCCUUUUGAUUAUCCUCUCUGGUGUACGACUGUAAACAUUUUCUCAGGAAAGCUGCUUCAAGCCUUUCAAUGUGGAAUGUGAAAUAUCAGUAUUAUCUAUGAAAUAUUUAAAAAUACAUUCAAAUGAGAUUAA